CAGACAAAUUGCAAUGUCGCAAACAAGGACGUACGAUCUUGCGGAGACUUGGUGGCGUGGUGGAAGCAUCGAAGUCAAGUGCGUGCUUGAUGAUGCUCACUUCAAGAUUGUCAAGAUUCCGGAACAAUUUAUAAGGAAAGGGGGAGACAACACACUCGCCUUCGUCCACCACGUCAUACAGCUUUUAUAUGUCGAGCGGGGCGAGCUUCGAUCCCCCUGUGGUGGAGCGCUCGAUCUAUCCGAAGAGCCCAUUGAAUCAUCACAGUAUAUCUUUUCGAGCAUCGAGGAGAAUUUAAUGAGGCUGACACCAACCCGAGGGCCUGAGGGCAAGAGUCCACUGCCAAAGCCAGCCAGUUCUGUCAGCGAAAGCACUUACAGCAAUUCGAAGCACACGACCUCGCGUUCAGGCCAGUCUAAAUUUCGUUCUUCUCUUUUAGCGAGAGAUGGCCGUUGUAUCCUCACUCACUCUGAACGCAGCCGGUGCACUUCUGCACAUGUCGUUCCUGUGAGCCGACUCGAUGUCUACAAAGCGAUACUUGGUCUCGAGCUUGAAAAUCAGCUCUACGCAACGUCCAUGGGCUUCUUGAUUAGAGACGAUCUCCACGGAGCGUAUGACAGGUACGAGUGGAGUUGGUACUGCAAGGACGGCAUGUAUUAUCCACAUUUCUUCGCAUUGGAAGACCCGGAGAUGGAGCAAAUACAUGGACGGAGGAUUGAUCCGAGGACCGAGAUGCGAGUUCAGCCUCGCGAAUAUCUAGACCCACGUUUGGCCGACUGGCACUAUCGUCAAUGUGUCCUGGCAAGAAUCAGAGGUACCGCAGAAGGAUUUGAUCUGGGACAAGCGCUGGAGUAGGAGAAAUGGAAACAAGCCUUUCUAUGUCUUCAAGCAAUAAGUCUUGGACGGCGGUCUUUCUUCCCCACGUAUCUCACAUGCGUGGCCUCACAACUUCCAUAAGUAUACGCACACCACUCAAAGUUCCUUUCUGAGUCUCUUUUACGUUGCUGGUCAUGAAGCUGAACUGGAGAGUUGGAACCUUCCUGGUCCACCGCCAGAUCUGGAAGUGCGCACGAAGCCAGGCAAAAAGCGAGGAAUAUUCUUCGAGAGACCUGGAGUGCUCAAAGAGCGGGACAGCGACGGAAGAUUGUUCAUUUCUCCAGCCGACCCUAUUACCACAGUAGGAAGCCCGGCUUCACCGUUUGUCAAUGCUGUCAUCAAGUUUGAGCUAGCUCUGAGAGACGUGCCUCCUUCUUGUGAAAUGGUAUGAAAUACAGAG